AUGUUACGAUUUUUCUUUCGUUAUGGAUCCAAUAAAUCGAAGUAUAUAUUUAUUACAUUUUUAUUUCCAUUUAUUGUAUUUAUUUAUAUAUUUUCUCGUCAAAAUGUAUUACAAGAUCAAAUUAAAAUAACGAAAAAUUUUUCAUCUUCAAUUUUAUCAUCAACUAUUCAUACACAUGAUUUUCAUCUUUAUUCAGAAUCUCGUUCAUUUAUGGAAUAUAAACAUUUACAAAUUGAGAAUAUUGCACAAUCAAUGUUUGUUUUUAAUAAAACUAAUAAUAAUGAACAAAAAAUUAAUUAUUAUCAACCAAUUAAAUAUUCUGAAAUAAAAUUUCGUUCUGCAUCAAUUCCAAUUAUAUGGCGUGAUGAAUAUGGUGAUGUUCGUUGGAAUCAUGCAGCUCAAUAUGAAAUAUUAAAUUAUUUAUUAGAAAAACAAUUUCCUAAUGAUAAUAUAACAACUUGUUUAACUCGACAAUUAUUUAUUUUAGAACAAUGGUCAAUGGGUCUUUUUAGUCGUCAUCAUUGUUUAAUUGAACAUUUUGGACAAACAUUAUAUUCACCAUCAAUGGCUUUAUUAAUGCCUAGACGUUUAGCUGUAUCAAAUGCAGGAAUGGAUGAUUUUAAAAAUGAAGGUAUACUUCGUUAUUUUCAAUCAAUAUCAUUAUGUUCAGCAUAUUUAAAUCAUCCAAUAUUAAAAUCUCUUCGUGAUAAUAUACAAUCUAUUGGAUUUGCUUCAUCUAAUACAAAAAUGAUUAAUAGUAUUAAUCAAUUACUUGAACGUGAUGAAUUAACAAUUAGAUAUAAAUAUAGUAGAGAAAUUUGGAAAUUUGGUUAUGAGCAUGUACCACAUAGACGAUGGUUAUUUGAUCGUAAUAGAGAUGAAAUUAAAAAAAUUCUUAAUUAUCAUUCACCGAUUUCAUUACUUAUUAAUCAUUCAAAUGAACAUAUUUAUUAUUUGAAUAGUUCAUUAUUAAAUUUAACUAAUUGGGGACCAAGAAAUUCGCCACAAGGACCACCGAAAGAUGUUCUAGCUGGUACUACAACCAAUUUAACAAUAUCUGAUUAUAUUUUCACUUCAUUUCUUCGUUAUAUGUUUCUUUUAUUCUUUUCUCAAUUAGCUCCACGUAUUCAAACAUCAGCAAAAUUAUUAGCUUAUCAUUGGUCUGAAUAUUUAUCUGAUAAACAUAAUAAACCUUAUGAUGAAGCUUUAUCAAAAAUGGCUGUCUUAUUUAUUCGUCGUGGUGAUAAAAUGCCUGAAGAUUCUUUUUGGCACAAAUAUCAUCGAUGGAGAAAUAUAUCUAUGUAUGUUAAAGGUCUAGUCGAUGAAGAAAAACGUCGUCAAAUAAGUUAUACAACAAUAUUUGUUAUGACUGAUGAUGCAUCAGUAAUGCAAUCUAUUCAAGAAUAUUCUAAUGUUGGUUUAACUGGUCCAAAUAAAGAUGAAUCCUAUGCACGUCAUCAUUUAUAUCAUCGAGAAAUAAUAUAUAAUGUUUUUGCUCCUCAAUCUUGUUUUAAUCCAUUUAUACGUAUUGGUUUUGAUCAAUUUCUAGUCAAUGUUCAAUUUAUUACUGAUCAUGCAUUACUUGUUGUUGGACAUGUGGAUUCUAAUGUUGGAAGAUAUUUAGAAGAAAUUAUUUAUGUUAAUCGACAACAUGAAAAAAAUGUACAAACAUCAACAUAUGUUAUUAAUGCACCAGAUUCUCUUGAUUAG